AGCAACACUUUCUUUCAACUACCAUUCUCACACCGCCCAUUCUUCUCCCUCCAUACGCUCCAUUUAUUAAGUACCCUUUCAUUAUCAUCCAUAGAGCGCACACACACACACUCCUUAGCUUCACCACAGAAACAAGAAAAAAGAGAAGAAUUUUCUAUCUGUUGGCUCUUUAUUUCAUUUUCUUUGCUUUCAGUUUCUACUCCUAAUGGCUGACUUGGAUCACUCCUCUAGUGAUGAUGUCUCUGUUGAUUCUAGAGAGAAAUCCAGCCAAGACACUAAGCUUGAAUUCACAGAGGAUGAAGAAACCCUUAUUACUAGGAUGUACAAUCUGGUUGGUGAGAGGUGGUCUCUAAUUGCUGGAAGAAUUCCUGGAAGAACAGCAGAGGAAAUUGAGAAGUACUGGAAUUCAAGAUUCUCUACAAGUCAAUAAAAUUAAAAAAAAAAAGAAAAAGAAAAAAAAAAAGAUGUAAAGGCUAAUUAUUAGAUACACCGGAUGCUCUCUCUCUCACAGGAAAAUAUAGAAAGUGAGUGUCACAUGAUUGUAAGAGAGGGUGUAUACACCGGUGCACCUAAUAAUUUCUCGGAUGUAAAUGGUGCUGCCUCUGUUAUGUGGUUUAUCACAUCAGCAAAAUUUUGGAUCGGAGUGGCAAAGUUAAAAUGCUGCAAGGGCUUAGCUAGUUUUCUUUGCCUAUAAAGAAAAGAGAAGAAAAUGCAGUAUGGGGUUUUUAUGACAAUAUAAAUAUGUUGGUAAUUUAAUUCUUCAUUUUGGUAAUGUUGUAAUUUUGUAAGUAACGUGUGGGAGCUUUUCUUCUCUUUGGUGUUGUACCACGUUACUUUGGGAGAAGAAUUUUGUGUCAAAUAUAAGACUUGACUAAAUCUUUUUCUCUUUA